UUUUUUGGGGGCUUUUGGUUUCUUCCUGUGAAACCUCCUUGUGGACUUUUAUCCUUUGAACACAUUUUGUUUACAUUUUUUGUCUUUGAUUUUUAGAACAUARGYAAAAGGAUGUGAACCUAUAAAAGUCACUGUUUUUAUUAUUCGUCGCUUGAAAUAAAGUUUUUGCCGAAGAGCACAAAAUUGACGCACGGCUUCUGGGUGAUCUUUGAGUCUYGCUCCAGAGGAGAGUGUGGGGUCGAAGCGUCCGGACCUGGGGUGGUUUGUCUCCUUUUUACAGGAACGGCAGCUCCCUGGGCUCAUCAGGUCGCGCCCUGGCUAAGUUCGGUUGAGGCGGUGGCUCUUGACUUGUGGCUGUCAGAAGUCAGGCACGGAGCGCAGAGCAGCUAACAUAUAACAAUGCAGUUCCUGGGCCGGCUUUUGGACACAGUCUCCUCUGUGUCGACCCUCUUCACAAACCCAUACCGGGUCAGAGAUGUGCCGCUGACCGAUUAUGGAGGACGAGAGAAGGUUUUGCAGAAACAGGAAGGGCGGAUGGUCCUGUACAAAAACCUCCAGACUCAGUCGUUGGACUGUUUGCUCAUGUGUCCCGAGACACCAGCGACAGCUCUGAGGCUGUUUCAGGUCACCUCAGAGGAGGAGGCCAUGAACUGGUUCCCACAGUAUGCUCUCAAACUUCAACCCUUCUAUGAGAUYCUUCCCCUGAAGGCUGAGACGGUGCAGACAAUCGUGGACUGCAUCCGCAGCCACCCUGACUGGAGCUCCGCCCACAUCGCUGUGGAUACGGGCCUGAGAGAAUGCCUCAAACACAACUACGUACAGAGUCAGAUUAAUGCUCGAGACGCCGCAGGUCAGACACCUCUGCACCUGGCGUGUGAGCGAGGYGACUUGUUGUGCGUGAAGGAACUGUUGGAGGAGAGUCAGGCCCGCACCGACAUCAAAGACCGUAACGGAGAAACACCCAUGCACUACGCCUCCAAGCAGGAUUCUCCUGUCAUCAUCCAGACCUUGUGCUCACGGCUGUGUUCCGGGGUGAAUGAGGUGAACAACAACGGGGAAACCCCGCUCCACGUGGCCUGCCGUUUAGGACGUGUGGAGUCUGUCAAAGCCCUGUUGGAGGGCGGGGCGAAGUGUGAUGUGAUUGGCAGUAUUGGCUACCCGAUCCACACUGCCAUGAAGUAUAGUGAGAAGGGCUGCGUGGAGGAGAUUCUUAAAGCGGAUCCUGCUCAGCUCCAGGCUGAAGACUCUGUGUAUGGAGGGACACCACUGCAUUGGGCCAAAACCGCUGAGAUGUGUCGUAUGCUGCUGGAGUGUGGCUGUGAAAUAAACUACCUCAGUAAGACCGGAGAGAGCGCCCUCCAYAUUUUGACUAAAAAGGGUCGCUUCGAGGCGGCCAUGGUGCUGCUCACCCAUGGAGCCAAUGCCAACCUGAAGGGUCAGGACGGGAACACAGCUCUACACUUUGCCAUGAAGAUGGACCACAUAGAGAUGAUCAAAGCUCUGAUUGUGUUUGGUGCUGACGUUGAGAUUCACAACGACCUUGGGGAAACUCCAGGACUCAUUGCUGCACGCAGCAGCAAAGGUCCUAAUAGAAAGAUACUGCUGGACAUGCUGUGUAACGUAGGAGUCCAUCGCUGCCUCCCCCCCUCCCCCAGCAGUCCUCCUGUCAUCUCCAACACGACCAAACCUCGGGCCAUAGGGUUUGAUGACCUCAUGUAUGCAGGAGCUGCAAUAAGUGCAAUGAACAGAGGAAGGUCUGAAAYUGAUGGUCCCAAAGUGGAGAGAGAMAAGAUGGACAGACUCCUGUGUCUGGAUGGUGGAGGGAUUAAAGGCCUGGUGCUGAUCCAGAUGCUGAUUGCGCUGGAGAAAGAGGCGGGACGACCCACCAAAGAGCUCUUUGACUGGAUCGCUGGCACGAGCACGGGGGGCAUCCUUGCCCUUGCCAUCAUACACAGUAAGAAUAUGGAGUAUUUGCGCUGCCUGUACUUUAGGAUGAAAGAGCAGGUAUUCAAAGGCUCCAGACCUUAUGAAUCUGCACCGCUGGAGGAUUUCCUGAAGAAAGAAUUUGGAGAAAAUACCAAGAUGACAGACGUUCAACACCCCAGGGUCAUGGUGACCAGUGUAUUAGCUGACAGACACCCRGGCGAGCUGCAUAUCUUCAGGAACUACAACCCACCAGACAUUCCCAGGGAACCUGUUUACGCCACCACUGCCACCUUUCAGCCUCUCACCAUCCCACAAGGAUGGGAGGAUGAGGAUGUGUUGAUAGUAGGAUACACAGAAGAGCCGCCCAGAAAGCGUAGGAAGGUGACAGAUGAAGAACAACUUAUAUGGAGAGCUGCUCGCUCCAGUGGYGCUGCUCCCACAUAUUUCCGUCCAAUGGGACGCUUUCUGGAUGGUGGGCUGCUGGCUAAUAACCCCACACUGGACGCUAUUACAGAAAUCCAUCAAUACAACAAGGCCUUAAAAGCUAAGGGUGACCAGCAGAACAUUAAGAAGCUGGGUGUAGUUGUAUCUCUUGGGACAGGUAAACCUCCCCAGGAGGUGGUGAGCUCUGUGGAUGUUUUCCGGCCCUCCAACCCUCUGGAGCUUGCUAAAACCUUUGUUGGAGCGAAGGAGCUGGGCAAAAUGCUGGUGGACUGUUGUACAGACUCUGAUGGCUGUGUAGUGGACCGGGCCAGAGCCUGGUGUGAAAUGGUCGACACCAUCUACCACAGACUGAGUCCACAGCUGUCUCAGGAGGUGAUGCUGGACGAGGUGAGCGAUGCGGUCCUCAUCAACAUGCUGUGGGAAACUCAGAUGUACCUGUUCGAGAAGAGGGACGUCCUCCAGUCUCUGGCUGAUUACUUACUGCACAAGUGACAGGAAGAGGAAAUCACAACAAAGAAAUGAGCCAUGUGGUUGCUUCACUAUACAUGUUGGUGGAUUCUAUAAAAAAGAAGUAAAGUGACUUUGAUAUUUCAGCUGAAAUGUGUUUUCAGAUAACAUGGCAGACACUGACAUCUAAUCCAGGGUUUAUACUGACCGACUUAUUGAAACAGUAAUUCUGAUGUAACAUUAUCACUUCUGUGCUUAUCAGGUUUACUUUUUAUGAACUGAAACAAACAAGCACACCCACUGUGACAGCUUCAAAUCUCAUACGAAACCACAAAAAUAUCUGACCUCUGCCUAUCGAAGGGACUCUGUAAUACCUCCAGAGCAAUAAUAACUCUGUUUGUGAACCAUUUUCUUACUACUUUCCACUAUGACCAUGAUUUUAUACCUUUAUAAGUUAUUUAUACUGAUCUUUGACACAUUUAACUUCCUCCUCACAAGUAAAUACUCAUAAUUUAUGUGUUGAACUUCACACRUUUUCAGUCUUAAGCUCAGAGUUAUGAGAAAACUUGACCAUAAUGUGAAAGAACAAGAAAACUUUUACAGUGUGUAUUAGAAGUAUUAGAUUUUGACAUUCCCCUAAWAAAAACUGUAACAAGAUAAAAUAAAAAGUGUAAACAUCAA